CCACUAGGGCCGUGGGUAAACAUGGAGGACUUAAACAGUCUGGCAUCAUGCUUAGGUGUUUCAUCUGGAAAACUUGUGAUAGAUUCUAAGGAACAGGUACCUGUGCUUAAAGCAGGAAAUGGCGUUACAGUAAGAGGUCUUGUAUCUGUGGCUAAACACCUGGUUAGACAGUCUGACUGCCCUGAAUUGAAAGGUACGAAUCCAGAGGAGAGAGCAGCCAUUGACCAGUGGUUAGAGUACAGAGUCACUCAAGUGGACAAGAGUCUUCAUGAUAAAGAUAUUACAACAUUACUUAAGGACACCAACACAUACAUUUCAAACCAUGUGUACUUAGUGGGGUAUCAGCCCUCAUUAGCAGAUAUAAUUCUGUACCUUGGAUUAUUCAGGAUAUUUGAAGAGUUAUCUUUUAUGGAAAAACAAAAGUAUGUCCAUGUGUCACGCUGGUUCUCAAAUAUGCAGUCCCACUUUGCAGACAGGAUGUCAAAGAAACAGAUUGUUUUUCAAAGGAAUAAAAUAUUUAGUGGCACCAGUCAUUAAACAGCAUAA